AUGGUCAAACUAGACGUCUCAAACGCUUUCAACUCCAUCAGACGUGACCACCUGCUGGAGUGCUGUCGCGAACUGGUUCCGUUCGCUUAUCCCCUUGUACAUCUCUCAUACGCUUCUCCGAGUAUCCUCAUGUUCGACGAUGUUCCCAUCUCUUCGGCCACCGGGGUCCAACAGGGAGAUCCCCUGGGUCCUGUCCUUUUUGCCUUGGGCGUUAACAGUAUCGCUCACUCUGUUCGAUCCCCAGUUAACAUAUGGUAUCUGGAUGACGCAACCAUUUGCGGUCCCCCCGACGCUGUUUUCGACGACCUUCGUUCUAUCCUCCCUUCCCUCUCGGACAUCGGCCUAUCUAUAAACGCCAAUAAAUCCGAAAUCGUGAACAUUGCCUUAAAUCCGAGUGACUUCACUGCUUCAAUUUCCACGUGCCGAGGCAUUCUCUCAGACGUCCGGAUUACGGACAAAUCAAAUCUUACGAUUCUCGGUGCCCCCAUGGGGCCUUCUGCCCUCGAAUGCUCACUCGCUGGAAAAAUUUCCCACUUAUCCAAAAUGAUCGACAAACUUAAAGUCAUCGAGCCUCAUGUGGCUUUUUUCCUCCUCCGAAACCACUUCUCCGUUUCUAAGAUCCUUUACACCCUAAGAUGUGCACCCUGCUUUCAAAGAGGCGACCUUCUUUCCGACCUUGACAAUAUCCUCAGGCUCGGUACGAGCUCUCUUUGCAAUCUGGCUUUCGACGAUCCAGGCUGGACUCAGGCAUCCCUGCCUGUGCGCUGGGGUGGCCUUGGCUUGAGAUCCUAUUCCGAUCUUGCCCUCCCGGCAUUCCUAUCCGCUCAUCACGCUUCUCGUACUCUCUCAGACAUCGUUCUUAGAAACCUCCCCGAACGGAAAUUGUCUGAAGUUUACUCUGCAGCCCGUGGUCGGUGGGAGGCUCGGUUUGGUUCGAAGCUGCCCAACUCUCAAUCUGUACUGCGCCAAUGGGACGAAAUCUCUUGUCAGGCAAUCUUCGAAGGCCUGCUUCCUGUCUCCAAUCAACACCGUGUCGCUUGCCUCCGUGCAGGUCGCUGUGAAAGCAGCGGUGUCUGGUUAAAGGCUCUCCCUCUCCCUUCCAUCGGGAACCUGUUGGACAAGGAAUGCCUAAGAAUUGCAAUCUCCCUCCGUGUCGGGCUGAAAAUCUGCCAGUCGCACAAAUGCCGUUGUGGGGGAACUGUUGACGAGUACGGUUUGCAUCCCCUCGCUUGCCGGCGGAGUGCCGGUCGUGCCCCCCGUCACAGUGAACUCAACUCAGUCGUACAGAGAGCCCUCGCCUCAGCAGGCAUCCCGUCUAUCCUUGAACCUCUAGGGCGUGGACUGAGUUGUUACUCAAAUAUGCGAAUUCUUACUGUAACUUACAUCAGCCCUAGCUCAUUUCAAGAAGGUCAUACGUCCUCUUCCUACUUCCACUUUCUGCAUUCCAACCUCCAUGAUAACAGUCUUGUUGCUGACUUUAUCUUGGAUCACAAUCUCGGCCAGUUUCGGGAACGUUCUAAUGCAAUUUUUCGCAUUGUGAUGCCGUCUUUAGAAGAUUUUCUUGUCACAAAUCCCAAAGUCGAUCUUUAA